AUGUCGGGCGCAAACGAUAAAGCAAGAUUCUAUCUUGAACAAGGUGUUCCUCAAUUGCAAGAAUUCGAGCAAAAGAAAAUAUUUACCAAGGAUGAGAUUAGGACAUUGGUUAAGAAGCGAUCCGAUUUUGAACAUAGAGUGCUAGUGAGGGGUUCAAAAGCCGUCGAUUUUGCUCGAUAUGCCGCAUGGGAAAUGGGUCUCGAACAUCUACGUCUAAAAAGAUGUAAACGAAUGCGCAUAAAAGGAAGCUCAUCUCAUGCCGGUCAAGCGCGCGUAUUCGGUGUAUUCGAUAGAGGUGUGAAGAAACAUCCGGGAGAUGUAGCUUUGUGGAUGUCAUAUCUGGAAUUCGCAAGACAAGCCAAAGCGACGAAGAAAUUCAAGACGGUUUUGACGGCGGCAAUUCGAUUACAUCCUACGAACCCGGAGAUGUGGCUCUAUGCGGCAAAAUGGACGCUGGAAUUGGAGGCGGAUAUGAAUGAAGCGAGGAGUUACAUGCAAAGAGGAACCCGAUUUUGCACCAGGAGUAAGGAUUUAUGGAUCGAAUAUGCAAAAUUGGAGAUGAUCUAUUUGGCAAAGAUUGCUAUACGUAGGAGGAUUCUUGGGUUGGAUAUUGAUAGAACCAUCGAAGCGCCAAAAGAAACGGAAGAAACCACCGAGGAGUCCGGCUUCACAACCUCGCAGGAUCUGAUCGCAAUUCCAGAUUUCAAGGACAACACAAUGCAACCUAGCAUGAUGGCAAGAGUAGGAGUAGAUUCCGAAGCCGCCAAAGACCCCAUGGCCACACCAGCUCUCAAUGGUGCAAUCCCACUUGCCAUAUUCGACGCUUCUAAAAAGCAACCAUUUUUCUCAUCAGUAGCCGCAGAGGAUUUCUUCGACAUGUUUGCAGUAUUUACUCAAGUCAAAUGUCUUCCUAAAAUUCUUCAACAUGUAUUGGAUAGUAUGUUGGAAUCAUAUCCCAAGGACCCUACGACAUGCAAUUGUUAUAUUCGCCAACCAUUAGUUGGUAUCAAUCACACAUCACCUGAAUUUGCGAUGGCCAUCGGGUCGUCACUUAAUCGCCUUAAGGAAUCUAUGGAAAAUACCAAUGAUAAGACUCAAUUAUCACUGAAGACAAAAGCAUGGUUGGAAGCCAUCCUAGCAUUACCGGACUUGGAUUCAGGCAUCCAAACAGUAUUACAACAUACACUGCGAAAGUUGGAAUAA